AUGCUUUGGCGGACCAAGUCCCACCACAGCCAGGCCUCGGAGCAGGACCUCGCGCGCACGGCGUCAGCGUCUAAGAAUGACCUGUCCGCGUCGGCGACUCAGGCCGCGGGAACUGCAUGGUUGGCGGGACAUUUGAACCAUUUGACCCCCGAUCAGGAGGAGAAAUUGGUCGAGUUUAAGAAUGUUUGUGCGGAGCGCGAGUAUUAUACGCCCGCCGUGGAGGCGGCGGAGGGUGUUGACGCUGCGCCGGCGAGUCACGAUGAUGCGACGAUGCUGCGCUUCUUGCGAGCACGCAAGUUCGACGUUGAGGGGGCGUGGGGUCAAUUCAAGGAUACCGAGGACUGGCGCAAGGAGAACGCUAUCGAGGCUCUUUAUGCGAAUAUCGGCGUGGACUCGUACGAAGCUGCCCGUCGGAUGUAUCCGCAAUGGACCGGUCGUCGCGAUCGUCGCGGUAUCCCCGUUUACGUCUUCGAGAUCCGCCACUUGAACUCCAAGGAAAUGGCCGCUUACAAUAAUACCAUGCACACGGGCACGCCCGAGACGCACAAGUCGUCGACUGUUCCGGCACGACUAUUGAAUUUGUUCGCUUUGUACGAGAACUUGUUGAACUUUGUUAUGCCGUUGUGUUCGGCGUUGUCGAGGCCGAAUCCUGAGACUCCUAUCGUGACUUCUACCAAUAUCGUUGAUGUGAGCGGUGUCGGAUUGAAGCAGUUCUGGAAUUUGAAGGGGCAUAUGCAGGAUGCUAGCGUGUUGGCGACGGCUCACUAUCCUGAGACGCUGGAUCGUAUUUUCAUUAUCGGCGCACCUAGCUUCUUCCCUACCGUCUGGGGCUGGAUCAAGCGCUGGUUCGACCCAGUCACCACCUCCAAGAUUUUCAUUCUGUCCGCCGCGGAGGUGAAGCCCACUCUAACCUCCUUCAUGGAUCCCACCAGCAUUCCCAAGCAAUACGGCGGCGAACUCGACUGGCAGUGGGGUGACAUGCCCAACCUGGACGAGCCUGCCCAGGAACUCCUCCAGAACCUGGAACAGCCCCCCGCGGAGGGCAAGGAGAAGAAGGAUAUCCUUAAGGGACCCAUCUUGUUCAAGGGCGAUAAGAUCGAGGUUCUGGGUACGGAGGACGGCAAGGACCGCCGGCAGAUCAUCCCCGUGCCCCAGGCCAAGGUUCAGCCUCAGGCAGAGCAGGUGCCCGAGACUAAGGCCCAGGUUAAUGGUAACGGUACCGCCGAGCCUGUGAAGGAGACCCCCAAGACUCCUGCGAAUGGAGAUGUGGAGUCCCCUGUUACCGAGAACGAGAAGACUGGUCUGGAUAACGUGGCGGUGAACGUCAACCAGGUUGCCAACCCAGAGGCUCAAACCACGACUGCCGCUGCAUAG